AUGUCGCUGACGUACAUCUAUAGGAACCGCAACAUGUCUAUCCGCUCUCGCAGAGAGCCCACUGGCGGCCGCCACCGCUUCACCAUGUCUACCUUCCGGGGCAUGCAGCAGCCCGAGCUCAGCCGCAAGCUAAGCCGACUCAUCAAGAGCGAGAACUCGGCCAUCGGCGCCCACGAGACUGCCGGUCGGGAGCGCGCUGCUAUUGCCGCAGCCCUCUCGGACUGGGGCGAGUCGACCGAUGACGAUGCCGUCUCCGACAUCUCCGAUAAGCUGGGCGUGAUGCUGUCCGAGAUUGGAGAGCAGGAAGACAUUUUUGCGCAGAACUUGGAGGACUAUCGCGGUGUGCUGAAGCAUAUUCGCAAUAUGGAGGCUUCUGUGCAGCCAUCGCGUGAUCAGCGCCAAAAGGUGACUGAUGAGAUUGCGAAGCUCAAGUACAAGGAUCCCACGAGCACUCGCUUGACGACCCUGGAGCAUGAGCUCGUGCGCGCGGAAGCGCAGAAUUUGGUUGCCGAGGCACAGCUGUCUAAUACUACUCGGACAAAGCUCAAGGAGGCCUUUGAUAUUCACACUGCCGCGAUUAUCGAGCGCGCAGAGAAGCAGAUUAUUCUUGCUCGCCACGCCCGCCGUCUGCUGAACUACAUCGACGACAGCCCCGUGGUGCCCGGCGACACGCGCCAGGCAUAUGAUCACGAGUUCGACGCACGCCAGGUUCUUGAGGAUGCCGAAGCAGAUCUCCGUGCUUGGGAGCCGGCCUUGGACCCUAUCUCGAGCGCAGCUGUCGAUGCCCCCACCCAUGUCAGUGGCGGCAGACUGAACGAACCAGAGCAGGACGCGGAGAGCGUGGCCACUGGCCCCAGCGGUGUCGCAGUUGGCAAUGCGGUCCCGUCGUCCUCGAAGCAGAUGGAAGAGCCCGUGGCCUAG